GCCUUCCGCCUGGUGCGCAGAGCGGCCGGCAGGUGGCGCCCCGCGGCGAGCUCUUUCUAGCUCCGUUUGGGCCAGGUGGACUGGAAGGGGCGGAGGUAACCAGAAGAGGCCAGUGGUGGCCGCCCGUGGUCCCCCACCCCCUCCACGCAGCGCUCGCGACAAGCGUGCAGGGUGCGGGAGCGAGCGGCGAGACCAGCUGUCUUCUGAGCCCGGGCACCGCUGCCAUCUGCUCCGCGAAGCACCGGGGCGUCCCCGCCGCGCUCAGUUCGAAGUCGGCCACCAUGGAGGCACAGGCACGAGGUUUGCUGGAGACUGAACCUUUGCAAGAAAGAGAUGAAGACGCCGUAGCCAGCGCUGACUUCUCUAGCAUACUUUCUGAGGAGGAAAAGGAAGAGUUAAAGGCAGAAUUAGUGCAGCUAGAAGACGAAAUUACAACUUUGCGGCAAGUUUUGUCAGCGAAAGAAAGGCAUCUGGUUGAGAUAAAGCAAAAACUCGGCAUGAACCUGAUGAAUGAAUUAAAACAGAACUUCAGCAAAAGCUGGCAUGACAUGCAGACUUCCACUGCCUACAAGAAAACACAUGAAACGCUGAGUCACGCAGGGCAGAAGGCAACUGCAGCUUUCAGCAAUGUGGGGACGGCCAUCAGCAAGAAGUUUGGAGACAUGAGGUCUCACUCCAUUGGCUACUCCAUUCGCCAUUCCAUAAGUAUGCCUGCUAUGAGGAAUUCUCCUACUUUCAAAUCAUUUGAGGAGAGGGUUGAGACAACUGUCACAAGCCUCAAGACGAAAGUAGGCGGGACGAACCACGGUGGAGGCAGUUUUGAGGAGGUGCUCAGCUCCACGGCCCACGCCAGCGCCCAGAGCUCAGGAGGCCCCCGGCGGGCGGAGGAGGAGGAGGAGCUGCAGUGCUAGGGGCAGCCAGCGGGGCCAGUCCACCAAUCAGCCACUGCCCAGCCGGCCUCUGCUCGCACCUACCCAGAUAAGAAGAACAGAAUCCCACUGGGAGAAACCUAAGCCUUGAUGUUGUUAUUCAAAUGGCCUCUCCAGAAAGUUUAAUAAAAUGAUUUCCAUUUGUAUUUGUGUUGAUGAUGGACCACUUAACCAUCACACCUCAGUCAGUAUUCAUAGAUUGUUACCUUUUAAAAUGUCCCACCUUGAGCAGGUACACAACUGGUCAUAACUCUUCUCUGCGUAAUUCCAUGUAUAUUUUCCAAACAUGUAGCUAGUAUUUGCUUUGAUUUUUGCUUGGCCUCCUUUGCGAUGUGCAUGUCCUAGAAGGCUGAGUGAACCCUGGGGAUCAGCAGGGUGGGUCUCUUUCUGACUGUCUCUGGCAAGUGGAUGACUUACUGCAAACCCCAUCUAACUCCUUAUGAUCUCCUUCCCCUACAUCAAUUAUGUAUGCUUAAACAAUUAAAAUAGUUGAUUUUAGUGAUGACUUUGAAUUCUUAUUUCCUUUGAGUCUUCAAGACUAUGGAUGACCUUAAAUGUUGGUAGCUAUGAUUCUACAGAUGCUACUUGAAAUCAACUUCUGCUAAUUUGGUGAAUAUGAGAGGAUAUGAAGGUAAAUACUUCAGUUACUACUCUGAGGAUAGCUAGGAUGGUAAAAUUACCUCUAAUUCUAAGAUUCUCUCCAAUAUACAUAGAGUGGUAGUUACUCAAGUAGGGGAUAGCUAGAAAACAGGAGAAGUAGAGUUCUGCAACCCUUUCCAGCAUGCAGAUUGUUCAUGUGUAUGAAAAUAAUUGGUUUUUAUUAAUCCACUCUGAUUUCUGCAGUACCUUUUACCUUCCACAUUAGAAGCCUCUCUUUUCUUCUUCUAAAUGGGAUCAUACAUUUGUUAUUAAAUAGCAGGGCUACCCUAUUCAUAAUUGCUAAGUCAUGGAAAAAGCCCAAGUGCCCAUCGAUCCACGAAUGGAUCAAUAAAUUGUGGUAUAUGUACACCAUGGAAUAUUAUGCAGCCUUAAAGAAAGAUGGAGACUUUACCUCUUUCAUGUUUACAUGGAUGGAGCUGGAACAUAUUCUUCUUAGUAA